AUAAGAUAGACGCAAAGAUUAGACAUCUUUGCUGAACCUUUUGGCUUGUACCCAAAUCAAUCUUUGACUUUCAAAGAUAAAAUAAAAGAUAAUUCAUAUUUGAUAUCAUCGGAGAAUGCAUAGUGGGAAGAGGCCUCUUUCACCGGAAUCAAUGGCAGGAAAGAGAGAAGAGAAAGAAGAGUUGUGUUGUUGCUCAACUUUGUCUGAGUCUGAUGUUUCUGCUUUUGUCUCCGAGCUCACAGAUCAACCCUCCCUACCAUCCAUGGAUCAAUCUUCAUCUCUUACUCCUCAAGAAAAAAGCAGUUCGAGACGACGAAACUACAGAGGCGUGAGGCAAAGACCGUGGGGAAAAUGGGCGGCCGAGAUCCGUGACCCGAACAAGGCUGCUCGUGUGUGGCUUGGAACGUUCGAUAGCGCAGAGGAAGCCGCCUUAGCAUAUGAUAAAGCUGCAUUUGAGUUUAGAGGUCACAAGGCUAAGCUUAACUUCCCCGAGCACAUUCUUACAACCUCUACUCAGAGCUAUCCAUCAACCGCUACUUGGCAUGAUCGCAUUAUCGUGACGCCACCUCCACCGAUUUCUCCUGACAUACUUCUUGAUCAAUACGGUCAGUUUCAAUCCGGAAACAGCCAUUCCGGUGCCAACUUGUCCAUGACUAUGUCGUCUUCUUCGUCUUCAUCGAAUCAGCAAGGGCAUGGACCAAAACUGGAGGAUGAUGAAAACGUCAAGAACAUUAGUAGUAUUCACAAACGAAGAAAAUAGCAUAUCAAUGCUUCAAGGGAUAUAUGAAUAAUAUGCCACUGUUAUAGGCGUUGGUCUUUAAAGAGUGGCGGGGGUGCAUUUAGGAUUUCAGGCCUCAUGGAUGAAAAAUAAGCUUUUGGGACAUGAGUAUGCAAGAAGGGAUGAAGAAGACUUAGAAUCUAAAGAAAGAUGGAGAAAGAGACCACAACAAGCCCUGCUCGAUUUAGCAGCUGCACUUGAUCGAUCAAUCAAAUGAGAUGAGCAAAAUGUGUUUUUUUUGCAGACCAAUUACUUUAACCCGUCAAAACUCGACUAUGAGAAAGUUCCAUGAGGUUUGAGUUGAAGAAUCUUAUUCUCUAGAAUUCCGAUAUUAUUCUUGUACAAGCAUAUUUCAAUUUUGGUUAUGUUUCCUUUAUGUGUUGGAAUUGGAUUAGAAAAAAAAAACUACAUAAUAUAUGUGGCGUUAGAAUUAGCUUAAUCCUACAUAAUAUACGUUAGGAUCCCAAAUCAAAACAACAAGUACAGAAGGCAUUUUGAUUCUAUAAUAAGACUAUCACUAUAAUGAUUCUAUAAUAAGACUUAUAUCAUAUGUAAGGCAUUUUAUGAUAUUUGAUGUCUGGAUAGUUGCUUUUAUAAUUUGAUCCUAGG